AUGGCAACACCAAUCACUCUCUUGUUUUCUCUUAUCUUCUUGUUCACCUUCUUCCACUGCACAUUUUCUCUUCUGAACCCUCAAGAUGAGGUUGGCUUUCUAGUUCAACUUGAUCGUGAUGUUAACAUGGUCCAAACCGAGAGAUGUGACUUUUCUGUUGGAAAAUGGGUUUAUGAUGAUUCUUACCCUCUCUAUGAUCCUAACUGCCCUUAUCUCAGUACUGUAGUUACUUGUCAAAAGAAUGGUAGGCCAGAUUCUGAUUAUGAGAAGUGGAAGUGGAAACCAAAUGCUUGUUCUAUCCCAAGGUUUGAUGCACUAAGGUUUCUUGGAAAUAUGAGAAGGAAGAGAAUAAUGUUGGUAGGUGAUUCAAUAAUGAGAAAUCAAUGGGAAUCAUUAGUUUGCUUAGUGCAAGGAGUAAUACCAACUGGUAGAAAAAAGGUGACUUAUAAUGGACCUGCAAUGGUCUUCCAUGCUAUGGACUUUGAGACAUCAAUUGAGUUUUUCUGGGCACCACUGUUAGUAGAACUGAAGAAAGAUCUAGAAAACAAGAGAGUUUUACAUUUGGAUUUGAUUGAAGAAAAUGCAAGGUCUUGGAGAGGAGUUGAUAUUCUCGUAUUUGAUUCAGCUCAUUGGUGGUCUCACUCUGAUAACACAAGCUCGUGGGAUUACUACAAGGAGGGAAAUAGUCUGAUCAAAAACAUGAAUCCUAUGGUUGCUUAUCAAAAAGGACUCAGUACAUGGGCAAGGUGGGUGGAUCUAAAUCUAGACCCCCAAAAAACCAAAGCCAUAUUCAGAAGCAUGUCACCUAGGCAUAACAGGGAAAAUGGUUGGAAAUGCAAUAAUCAGAAACAACCUCUAUCAUCUCUCAGCCUCCAAAAACAUACUCCUGAACCUUUGGUUGUGCUCCAAGAAGUGCUGAAGAGAAUGAGGUUUCCAGUAUACCUGCAAGAUAUUACAUCAAUGACUGCUUUACGCAGAGAUGGACAUCCUUCAAUGUACAGGAAGGCAAUAAGCCAAGAUGAGAAACAAAAACAGGGAACGGACCAUUCUUCUGAUUGCAGUCAUUGGUGUCUCCCUGGUGUGCCUGAUAUUUGGAAUGAAAUGUUGAGUGCGUUACUUUAG